AACUACCAUUCCCAUGUUGUGAAUAGCUCGCUACUCAGGCUAGGCCAAUGGCGAAACAUGUGCGAAUGCAUCAGCUUCAGAAGCUGACAUUGCGCUCACUGCCUCCAGCAUCGGUGUUGGUGUCAUCAUCCCGUUGCUUCUCGGUCCUCAACCGCCCUCCACCAAAUUAUGAAGGUCACAUACCAUUGACACGCACGGAGCGAUUGGGACUAGCUUUAGGCUCGGGUAUUGGGAGUUUUCUAGAUCCUCAAAGAGGAGAUCUGAUUGCAUCCUUUGGUGAGGCCACAGCACAGCCAUAUUUCAUAUACAAACUCCGCGAUCGCAUGUUACUGAACCCUACCGGCCGAAGAAUACUGCGCGACCGACCGCGAUUGACGUCGACUUCGCUGGACAUCCCGCGCCUACGUAAUCUCCCACCAAAUACGGUGGGCUAUGCAUAUGCUGCAUGGCUUGACCGCGAGGGCGUCUCACCAGACACACGGGCUGCAGUUCAAUACAUAGAUGACGAGGAAUGUGCAUACGUAAUGCAGCGGUAUCGGGAGUGUCAUGACUUCUACCACGCCUUGGUCGGGCUUCCUGUCUUCCGUGAAGGCGAGGUUGCGCUCAAAGCUUUUGAAUUCGCAAACACCGGCUUACCCAUGACUGGACUAGCGGUUUUCAGCGCUUUCACACUGAAGAAGGCCGAAUGGAGACGUUUCUGGGACAUAUACGGACCCUGGGCUACGAGAAACGGCGCACAAAGUGAUGAUGUGAUCAACGUAUACUGGGAAGAGGAACUUGAGACAGACAUUGAUAAGCUGAGAGAAAGACUGGGCAUUGAGAAACCACCGGACCUCCGAGCCAUGCGAAAGGCGGAACGAGAGGCGCGCAAGAAAGAGAAGGAAACCAAAGGAACCAUGGUAGGAGCUGCCACGUAAACCUAUGUCCAUGUACAUUAUUGUGUAAUAACCAUCAGCAUUCACACCGAAUACAUCGAAUAAUAGC